GCACAGUGUUGUCCCACCGAUUUAUGGGCAACAGAUAUUCUGAAAUUCCAAGGUUUUUUCACAAAUCUAUGAGUUGUUAUUUCUAAACUAUACUUGUAUUCAUAUUUGUUAUCGCCCCUUCUUCGUCUUUCUAUAUCCUCUCUGUUAUUCUCUCCGCUGUUAUUUUCCCCCAUCAAUCGAUACCCCCGAGUUCUCCACCAAAAUUGCAGAUUGAGAGGUUUUCUGGGUGUGUCUGAAUCUGGCGUGUGUGUCAAUUGCAAGCCCGAAAGUAUGAUGAUUGAGUGACAUUUUGUUGAAACCGAGCUAGGGUGAGGAGGGAGAAGGUGGAAGGACACAUGUACAGAGUGCAAGGAGCUGUCGUUGGGUCCAAGUCCGAGGUGGGUGCCGUCGAUCGGAAGCGAAUCAACGACGUCCUCGAUAAGCAGCUCGAGCGAUCGUCUCCGUCCACUUCUAGGGCUAUCAAAGCCAAGGAUAGGUCGUCGGAUCAAUCGCUUUUCCCCUCUAAGCCGCCCUCCGAUCCCAGGGACUCGCAGCGCCCUGCCUCCAUCUCUAAGAAUUCCAACACUUCACGUGAGGAAUCUGAAACAGACACUGAAGCAUCAGAUGUUAGUGGUUCUGAUGAGGAUGAUACAUCUUGGAUCUCAUGGUUUUGCAAUCUCAGGGGAAAUGAGUUCUUUUGCGAGAUAGACGAUGAUUACAUACAAGAUGAAUUCAACCUCUGUGGAUUAAGCAGUCAAGUGCCUUAUUAUGAUUAUGCACUCGAUCUAAUUUUGGAUGUUGAGUCCUGUCAUGCUGACAUGGUCACAGAGGAACAAAAUGAAUUAAUAGAAUCGGCAGCAGAGAUGCUUUAUGGCCUGAUUCAUGCUCGGUACAUUUUGACCAGUAAAGGGAUGGGUGCUAUGCUGGACAAGUACAAGAACUAUGACUUUGGAAGAUGUCCAAGAGUUUACUGCUCAGGACAACCCUGCCUUCCACUUGGUCUGUCAGACAUUCCUCGUUGUAGUACUGUAAAAAUCUAUUGCCCCAAGUGUGAAGACACUUAUUACCCUCGGUCAAAGUAUCAAGGUAACAAUGAUGGAGCUUACUUUGGAACCACAUUUCCUCACCUCUUCUUGAUGACAUACGGGCAUCUGAAGUCACAAAAGCCGUCUCAGAGCUAUGUUCCAAGAGUUUUUGGUUAUAAAAUCCACAAGCCAUGAGGCUGCAUGCAUCAGAGAGUCUGCUUAUGUCUUAAUCACCUAUUUCUUUGUUGUAUUCCUCAAAAAUAUCAGUGGAUUACUAGGUUCCCAAAUCAGCGCAAGUCAGAUUACCCUGUUACUAAUUUAGGAACAUAUAAAGAUAUGUCCACCAUUUCCAGCAAGUGGUUAAUUUUGCUUUCAGCUUCAAAGUCGGUCAGUUUUUGUAAAUUUUUUUCCUCAUCUUAUAAAUAGGUUUUUAGAACAGGUACUUGAACUGUGUUUUAAUGGCUUGAUCCAAAUUUUUUUUUUUUGGGGUGCUUGACUUUAUACCAAAUCCCUACUGGAUUCAAAUUCUGUGUCGUCAUAACCUAUCAUCUGUCCAGACCUGGUUGAAAAGUGUGAAUAAGAUUUAUCAUUGUUAGCAUGUAGAUUCGUGUACCUUUGUUUUGGUUUUA